AUGGCACCGAAGAAAGUCCUUAUCAUCCUCAGCGAUGCCCACUCCUUUCCCAUUGAAAAGCCCGCCGGGAACAGCACAGAAAGCCAAGAAGUCCAACAACCCUCCGGUUUCUUUCUGAUGGAACUCGCAAAACCACUCACUCAGCUUCUCGAGUCCGGCUACGAAGUCACAUUUGCUUCUCCCAAAGGCCAAAAGCCAGUCCCCGACCCCAACAGUGAAAGCCUCCUAGCGUUUGCGGGGAAUUUCUACGAGCGUCGACGCGAGAAUGCACUUAUUGAACGCAUGAAACGUGAGAAUGGAUUUGACUCCCCUCGUCCCUUUAGGACCAUCAGCGAUGAAGAAUUGAACUCUUUCGCUGGAGUUUUUAUUCCUGGUGGACACGCACCGUUGCAAGAUUUGGGCGAUGAUCCAGAGCUAGGACGAAUUUUGAAUCAUUUCCAUAAACAGAAGAAGCCUACUGCAGCAAUAUGCCAUGGGCCAUACGCGUUCCUGAGCACAAAGUUGGUGGCCACACCCAACGGCGAAGGAGAAUUCGCUUAUAAGGGCUACAAACUCACAAGUUGGAGUGAUGCGGAAGAAAACGUUAUGGAGACUAUUCUGGGUGGAGAGAUCAAGAAAGUGGAAGCCACCUUGAGAGAUUCCGGAGCCAAUAUGGUUGAAGGUGCAAGGGAGAAGCUGGGAUAUAUUACCGUGGACCGAGAGGUUGUCACAGGUGGAAAUCCGCUGGCCGCAGAUGAUUUGGGCAAGCAGUUUGUGAAGAUGUUGGCUGGAGAGGCUUGA